AUGUCACUUGCAAGCCGCUCUAAACCGCAAAUUCUGCUUCUAUAUGUGUCUGCUCUAGUACCUACCCUGACGGGCAGUCUUCAAGCACCCUGCCUAUUGGAAAACCACGAAACUGGCAACAUGAUGCUCAAUUCUGCUCCCGUCGUGAUUGAUAAUGGUUCCGGACUGUGCAAAGCGGGCUUCGCCGGUGAGGACAGUCCAAUCAGCGUGUUUCCCAGUAUCAUUGGUCGUCCAAAGAACCCGCAGAUGAUGGUGGGCAUCAGUCAGCAGGAUCAUUAUGUUGGCGAUGAGGCCCAGAAGAUGCGUGGGGUGCUCACCCUGCAGUAUCCCAUCGAGUACGGUGUUGUCAAAAACUGGGACGAUAUGGAGAAGAUUUGGAAUUACACCUAUCAAAAUGAGCUGCGUGCUGUCCUGGCUCUUUACGCCUCCGGGCGGACUACGGGAGUGGUUAUGGACGUUGGCGACGGUGCUACCCAUCUGGUACCCAUCUUCGAAGGACACGGCCUGCAGCAUGCGGUCCAGCGUUUGAACCUGGCCGGCAGAGACCUCACCGACUACUUCAAGAAUCUCCUCCUCAAACGUGGCUAUAGUCUGGUUUCGUCGGCGGAAAUGGAAGUGUGCCCAGAGGCACUCUUCAUGCCUGAACUGGUGGGACGAGAAAUCAAGGGCAUCCACGAGGUGACCUACGACUCCGUGAACAGUUGUGAUAUUGAUCUGCGCAAGGAUCUCUACGCUAACAUUGUUCUAUCCGGUGGAAGCACAAUGUUCCAUGGUCUGAUUGAGCGUAUGCAGCAGGAGAUCUCCCACAUGGUGGCGAAGAACAUGAAGGUGAGGGUAAUUGGUCCGGAGGAACGAAAAUACUCCGCCUGGAUUGGUGGUUCUAUCCUGGGCUCCUUGAAUUCCUUCAGCGACAUGAUUGUGACCAAGUACGAAUACGAGGAUAUGGGUGCUGGCAUUGUGCAUCGAAAGUGUUUCUAA